UGGGACCUUUGUCGUGCACCAACACCACGAUGGAUGACUAUCCGAUGUAUGGGCUACUUGUUGGGUUCUCCCUCUGGGGGACCCUUUGACGUCUCCUCUUUCCUCYGGGCUUUUGGCCCACUUUCACGUGUAGAGUAGGGCCCACUCGUGGUGGUACUUCCACCAACCCCUACACGAAGGAGGAGGAGGAGAAGAUGGCCGCCAUUCUGCAGGAGAAGAAGGAGAAGGAGGCCAAGAAGAAGGCCUUGAAGGAGGAGCAGGCGGCCAAACUGAAGAAGAUAGAGGAAGAGAUGGCCAAAGAGAAGGAGAGGAUACAAAAAGAAGAAGAAGAGAAGUUGAAAGAGGUGGAAGAGGAAGAUGAUGAAACGCCAUUGCAGAGGAAGAGGGUGCAGUACARUGGUAGUAGGGAUGAAGAGAUGGAGAAGCGAAUCUCCGAGUGGGUCGCCAACUUAUCCCUGGGCGAAGAAGAAGAGGUGGCGAUGUAUAUCUCUAAAGAUGAUCAGGAAGCCGCUAUGAGAGCUUGGGAAGCAGAAAAGGAUGUUGUGAAGCGGCAAGCAUUGGAAGACGAAAAGAGGAUGGAGUGGAAGUUGGCAAUGAUGAGGGAGAAGAAGAGGAGAGUGGACGCGGCAGCGGAGGCGGUAGAAGAAUUAGAGGAAGUAAAGAAUAUAGAAGAGCAUCUGGCCGCCCGGACCGAACUCCCAGCGCAAAUGCGAGUCAUAGCCCAAAACGUUGCACGCCUGGCACGAAUUCAGGCGGAGCAAUAUGAUUUUAGUAGGAGUCAACACAUAGUUGUGCGUUCCAUAAAGUUGGGGUUUCGGGACUUUGCGCGUGAGCUGGUAGGCGCUAUAGGGACCAAGGUGGGUCACCGCCUUGACAAGACUGAGCGGUUCUGUGCCGGCGCCAUUGAGGGUGUCAAAGCGGCAGCUCCCAAGGAGAAGGAGGCACGUCCUCCUCGUUGGGAACCGGUCAAAGUCAAAUUCCCUGAUUCCAACAGUGGAAAAAGGGAAGAGAACUUCGACAAUUGGGAGGCCAAUGUCAAGACCUAUGUGCAUCUGCAACAGGUUUCCCCGGAUCAGCAGGUUCUGAUUGCGAUUCACGCGCUCAGAGAUGAAUCCGCCAGCUUUGCAAGGUCCCUAGUUCGCACUGCCAAUUGCAGCGAUGACCCCGUUGCGUACUCCUCGUUCACUUUCCUCACUGAGUUCUUGAAGCUGUUGCGCGAGAGGUUCGCCGAUGUCGCCCGUAGCAUUAAGGCCUCAGACAGGCUGCAGACGAUCCACGCUCGUAAGUGGAAGGGCGCCAGGGCACUUAAGAGUACCAUGGACGAAUUGGUAGCUGUCCCUGACCACGGAGUUACAGACACCCAGUUGGUUGGCCUCUUUUAUCGGGCUAUACCSGAMGCCCUCCGAGGGCAUUUCUUYGCAAAGAGCGAAGACCCUGCCACUACAUACGAUUCCCUUAGUCGCGAAGUAGUGGCUUUUGAAGCCAAGUCUGCGUYUGUGUCCACUUUCUGGCACAAGGACUUGGACAAGGGUAAGCAAUGGAAGGGCCGCACUAUCUCAGGGCAAGUAAAGACCAAGGACAGCCUUGUCCUAACCUUAGACGAGGGUAGUGUGGAUGCGAUCCCUUACGACCAGAUUGAGUGGGGGUUAGAGAAGGAGGACAGCGGUGUGGGCCAAGGGAGAUCUUACGCUGCUGUCGCGGCUGGAGGGAGGCCGCAAGGAGGAAGAGGCCAGGGCCAAGCGGGCCGGGCCUCAGGGAGUCGAUUUCAGGGCGAUCAGGGGGUUGGUGGCAGAGGAGGAAACCGCCAAGCGGGAGGCAGGGUUCAAGGCUUAGCAAAUUACUACAGGAAGUUCGUGAGGAACUUCUCCACCAUCGCUGUGCCCCUUCGCAGAUUACUAAGAAAAGAGACAAUCUGGAAGUGGGACAAGGACUGCACGUCUGCCAUGAAGAAGCUAAAGCAGGCGUUGAUAGAGUACCCGGUCCUUAAGGUCGCCGAUCCGUCCUUGCCUUUUGUCRUUACUACGGAUGCUAGCCAGUACGGCAUAGGCGCAAUGUUACAGCAAGACGAUGGCAAUGGCUAUAGACCCGUAGAGUUCAUGUCCGCUAGGAUGCCUUCAGAGAAGGUUGYGACAUCUACCUAUGAGAGGGAACUCUACGAUCUCAGGCAAGCAUUAAACCACUGGAAGCACUACUUGCUUGGGAGGCACUUCAAAGCCUAUUCGGACCAUGAAACGUUACGAUGGUUAAAGACCCAGGCCAAGAUGACACCUAAGCUUACUAGGUGGGCCUCAGAGAUAGAUCAGUACGACUUCGAGCUCAAGCCUGUUAAAGGGAAGUACAAUGUAGUCGCGGAUGCUCUGAGUAGGAGAGCAAAUUACUUUGGGGCAAUAGUACAUCACCUCGAUAUAGGAAAGGAUCUGCAGCAGAAGGUUAGAGAAGCCUACGCGCAGGACCCUAUAUAUAGUGAGCUCCUCACGCGAGUCAAGGACGCCCCAGAGACCGAGCCGAACUACCGCACUACUAAAGGGCUACUCUUCGAGAAGACUAAUGUAUUUGACCGCCUGUGCAUUCCCAAUAGCGAAGACAUCCGUAGUUUGAUUUUGGGGGAAUGCCACGACACAGAGGGUCAUUUCGGUUGGCAAAAGACCUUAGCCAAUCUGAUGCGCGCGUAUACAGAGAGUAUGAAACGUUGCAAAGUCUGCCAGCGUAAUAAGAGUUCUACGCGCGCCCCGCUAGGUCUUCUCAGACCCUUGCCCAUUCCGGAUCAGCCGGGAGGCUCAGUGUCAAUAGAUUUCAUGGAGCAGGCAUGGCAAGAGCCAAGUCAUGGUCAUAGUUGACCGCUUUAGCAAGUACGCAGUUUUUGUUCCUUUGCCUUCAGAGGUGCGUACUGACUUAGUAAUACAGAGAUUUUUUGACUGUUGGGUUAGUGAGAAUGGGAUUCCACUGUCUAUAGUUAGCGAUAAAGAUAGUCGCUUCACUAGCCAGAACUGGCAAGAACUCAUGGGAGUAUACGGAUCUAAGUUGUUGAUGCCGUCCGGCCGCCAUCCAGAGACUAACGGUCAGACAGAGCAAAUGAACAAAAUCCUACAGCAAGU